UUGUCAUACUCCUCUCUCUCUCUCUCUCUCUCACACACACACACACUCACACUCUGUACUGGUCUCUCUCACACAUUCUGAGUGUCUUCCAGCCUGUUUUGCCUCUUUGCCUCUAUUCUCUCUUCCUGUUUCAGUUCCCUUUCUUCGUACACACCCACAUGCACAUUACUUACACACUUUCUCACACACUCUUCCUCUCGCACACUUUCUGUGUCUUGGAAUGAAAGGGUUAAUGUGUGAGGAGCAUUUGAUGAUUCUGGGCCUGUCCUCACAAUGAGCCAUGUUAAUAGUCGUUUGUUCAAAAUGCAACAAUUUCGACAUUGACAUCCUCUGUGGUGUGACAAUACAGAGUCAGCAGCGGAUUCUGUUCAGGUCACUGCCCAAAGGACUCCAACAAGAGCAUGUCCAUCACCUGCAACAACUCCACAGCUUCCUACCGCCUGUUUGGGGCAGUGCUGGGCAGCGGGGUGACAGCACUUGGGGUGGCAGGCAACGGGUUGACCCUGCUGGCCUUUGCCGCUGACCGCCGGCUCCGUACCCCCUUCAACCUGCUCAUCCUCAACAUGACACUGGCUGACCUAGCCUACUGUGGUCUGCUCCAGCCACUGGCCGUCUACACCUAUUUGCAGGGUGCCUGGGACUGGGGUCUAGCUUCCUGCCAGGCUCUCGGCCUGCUUAUCUUCAGUCUCAACCUGGUCUCCAUCCUCAGCCUGGCCCUAGUGGCUGGCAGCCGCUACGCCCUCGUGGCUAAGCCCGAAGCCUUCCGCCGGGCCAGCAGGGGGUGGAGCUGGGCCCUGGCCCUGUUUAUGCCCUGGCUCCUCUCGGCCUCCUGCCUGGCCCCCUUCUGGCAUGUCUUCACCUUCCUGUCGGAUGUCUGCAGCUGCACCUUCCACCGGACCAAAGGCAGGCCUUACACCACGAUCCUGCACUUCCUCACCUUCGGCCUAGGCCUGGGAGCCAUUGCUGUCUGCUAUUUCCUUCUGCACCGCCGCCUGCGCCGGACCACCCUUGCCCUCAGUCGCUAUAGGAAGACUCAGCCAGGUGCACAGGCUGAAAAGCCACAGGCAGAGGAGGACACAAUGCAAGAGAUGUCUACAGGCUUGGGGGAGAGUUCGAGGGGCAGGCUUGAGGCCCCCAGCUCAGGAAAGGAGACUGCUGACACCUCAGGGAGAAGGCACAAGUACAAGUCAAGGUUGAGGAGGGUCAGGAUGGGGAAGGAUUGGGAGUUCCGGCGGGUGACAGCCAUGUGUUUCGCCAUGUUCCUGGUGUACCUGGGCUGCUACCUGCCUUUCUGCGCCCUGCACCUGCUGGAUGGGUUGUAUGCCGCCCCAGCUGUGGCCCAGAUGGCAGUUGGCAACCUGACCUGGCUCAACAGCUGCCUGAACCCACUGCUCUAUGCUGCCAUGAACCGCCAGUUCCGCCAGGGCUACAUGGCUGCCUUCCGUCUGCUGUUCCGCUGCAGCUUUGGCUCGGAGGCCAGGGAGAGGUCACAGAGAGAUGGGGAGAAUGAACUGAGACUGGGCACAGUCUCAUGGUCAAUCUAUGAUGUUUUAAUUUUCAUUGGCUCAAAAUCAUCUGACUGA